AUGACACAUGGCCGCUUUACUUACCUGAACUUUGUCUUACGCUUUCACCAGUAUGAUUACGAAACUCUCGGCGCCAAGAAAAACUACCAAGACUCAAAUGAGCAGGCAACUUACGGUGCUGAACAAGACUGGACUACAGCGGUUUGCAAUGGGCUGGGGGUAGGCUCCAUGCGGGACAAUGUGAACUUCCACGGACAAGCCCGAUUUCAAUGCAAGUUCGACGGUCGUGCGUCUACCGACCCCGCUACGUGGGACACAGUCUGCCAGCGCGGUAACGCGGGCCAAUGGAACACCAAAAACCGCGGCGGCCAGAUUGGCAAGUGGUCCGGCUAUUGCAACACAGCUGUGUAA